AAAAAAAAGAGUGAAACAGAGUAUUUAUGAUAUCCAUUCAUCCGUAACUCUAUCUGGUCUUCUGAAAAUUCUCGUUCUACUUAACCUAAACCAAACAAUUGUAAGAUAAACAAGUGAGUUUAGCUAUUUGAUUAUAAAAAAUGCCAACUUUAAACCUUUUCAUCAAUAUUCCGGUAGAUUCUGUUAUAGCUUCAGAUAUUCUCAAAGAUGCAACUAAAGUUGUCGCAAAAAUCAUUGGCAAGCCUGAAUCUUAUGUGAUGAUUUUGCUGAAUGGUGGAGUUCCUAUUGCAUUUGCUGGAACCGAAGAACCGGCUGCUUAUGGAGAACUAAUAUCCAUUGGAGGUCUAGGUCCAAGUGUUAAUGGAAAACUCAGUUCAGCCAUUGCAGAAAUUCUCGAGACAAAGCUCUCUGUGGAUAGCUCCCGAUUCUAUAUCAAAUUCUCUGACGUGGAGCGAUCAUUCUUCGGGUUCAAUGGCUCAACAUUCUGAAACGUAACUUAAACAUCGGCAUGGGUUCAGUUGUUCAAGUGCUCAACAUAAAGAUAAAUAUGUAAUGAAGCUACGAAUUUACUUGGUUUUUGUUGUAUUCUCAUCUGAACAAGGUGAAUAUCUCCAGAAGUUGAUUGAACAAAUAAAUAUGUUCAUAUUUACUUGCAUUUUAACGUCGAUAUAUGGAUUCUUGUUCUAUCCAGUGGUACUCAAAUGCAUCUGUUUUUUCUUAAAUUUGAAAAAAUGAGGUUCUCUUUUUA